ACACCAUCCGCCAAGUGAUAGAUCCCCCGCUCUGAUCCUUCCACGUGUCCACCGCGCUGUGCGAGAAGCCGGCGGAAAGCAGGAGAAGCCGCCGAGUUCAUCGCCUCCUCUGCAGAGGCCGUUCCCCUUUCAUUUCCUCCGCACCCACCUGCUCGGCGGCGAUGGCUGCUCCCUCCGCGGCCCUCUCCAUCUCCGGUGGGGCGCAUACCAGUGCAUUUGGAUGCAAGCCGAAGAAGCUGAUCUCAAACAGAAAUUUCUUGCAGCUGGCAGUUCCCUCAAAUUCCCAAAAUGCAAAUCUUUAUGGAAAGUUAACCGUCUGCAGAGCAGAAAGUGAAGAUUCUAAAGGCGGGGGAGGAUUCUUGACUGGAUUUCUCAUAGGGGGAGCAGUCUUUGGAACACUGGGUUAUGUCUUUGCUCCUCAGAUCAGCAAAACUUUAGAUACAUUGCUGAAUGACGACGGGCAAGAUGGUAAGCCUGACGAGCAAGGCGUCCAAAGUGUACCAAGGCCACGUAAUGCUCAAUACUAUGAUGAAGGUUUAGAGAAAACUCGUCAGACACUGGGUGACAAGAUAAGCCAACUGAACCUUGCGAUUGACAAAGCUGCCGCCCGAUUGAAGCGUGUCACUGGCAGUGUCGAAAAAGAGGCUGUUAAAGAUGAAACCGAAAUUGAAAUAUCAAAACUGGAUGAUAAUGGAGUUUUGGAAGGAAACUCGAGUGAACAGGGUUUUGUGCAAGGAGAAAGUGCAACAUAAUGAUCAUAUCGUGUGAUUAGCAGCUUUGCCAGGGAGUAUUUCGUCGGGCAAACUGAUGGGUGCUCUAUUCAACUGACCGGCGACACCAAAAAUGAUUGCAAGUAGUUCGUUGGAGAUUUUUUCUGUGCUCAAGCUGUAUUGCUGUAGUUCUGUAUGCUCUGUCAUCGCCAUCAGCUCCAAAAACUUUCAUGAAAAUUGUGUAAUUUAGAACUGGUGAUCUAAAUAGCUGAGUGGCAUACGAUUCUCUCAAUCUGUUGUGUACUAGUACCACUAAUAAUAGACAAUGGUGUGUUUGGUUUAAA